AGAGACAGAGAGAGAGAGGGAUCAAUUAUCAUUUUCAUCAUCUUCUUCGUUGCCGCCAUGGACCAGCAAUCCCAGCUAUCCAUCAUCUUAGGAUCCGAGCCGGCUGCAUUCGAAACCUUAAUCUCCCAUUUGAUGUCCUCCUCUAACGAACAACGUUCUCACGCCGAGGCUUUGUUCCACCUUUGCAAGCAAUCUGAUCCUGAUGCCCUCUGCCUCCGCCUUGCCCACCUCCUCCAGGUCUGCGCUCAACCGCAGGCUCGUGCCAUGGCCACUAUUCUCCUCCGUAAGCUAUUGACACGUGGCGAUUCCUAUAUCUGGCCUCGUCUCAACAUUUCCACUCAGUCCUCUCUAAAAUCCGUACUUUUGUCUCAAAUCCAAACUGAAACUACUCAAACUUUGUCUAAAAAGUUGUGUGAUACAAUCGCGGAGCUUGCUUCCAGUAUUUUGCCAGAGAACGGGUGGCCUGAGCUGUUGCCGUUUAUGUUUCAAUGUGUCUCUUCCGAUUCUCCUAGAUUACAGGAGUCUGCUUUUCUGAUAUUUGCGCAGCUGAGUCAAUAUAUUGGAGAUGUGCUGGCUCCUUUUGUAAACGAUCUGCAUGCUGUCUUUUUGAAGUGCUUGAGUGAAAGUUCGAAUGAGGAUGUCAAAAUCGCCGCCUUGGAUGCUGUCAUUAAUUUUAUUCAGUGUCUGGCCAACUCAUCUGACCGUGAUGGGUUUCAGGAUCUUUUACCGGCAAUGGUGAAGACGUUGACGGGGGCUCUUAACGGUAACGAGGCUACUGCUCAGGAGGCUUUGGAGUUGCUGAUUGAAUUGGCAGAGACUGAGCCCCAGUUUCUUAGGAGACAGCUCGUUGACGUGGUGGGCUCUAUGCUGCAGAUUGCAGAGAGCCAAUCACUCGAGGAAGGUACUCGCCACUUGGCAAUAGAAUUUGUGAUUACAUUGACAGAAGCGAGGGAACGUGCUCCUGGGAUGAUGAGAAAGCUGCCGCAAGUUAUUAGUAGGUUAUUUGCAAUUUUGAUGAAAAUGUUGCUGGAUAUUGAGGAUGAUGCAGCCUGGCAUACUGCGGAAACUAAGGAUGAGGAUGCUGGUGAAACUAGCAAUUAUUCUGUCGGUCAGGAGUGCUUGGACCGCCUGCCAAUGGCUUUAGGCGGAAAUACAAUUGUCCCUGUCGCAUCAGAGCUGUUGCCAGCUUAUUUGGCUGCUCCUGAGUGGCAAAAGCACCAUGCUGCUUUGAUUGCCCUUGCUCAGAUUGCCGAGGGUUGUUCCAAGGUUAUGGUUAAAAAUCUGGAACAAGUGGUUUCUAUGGUCUUGAAUUCUUUUCAUGAUUCCCACCCCCGUGUGAGGUGGGCAGCUAUUAAUGCAAUUGGGCAGUUAUCAACGGACUUGGGUCCAGACUUGCAGAACCAAUAUCACCAGAGAGUGUUGCCUGCAUUAGCUGCUGCUAUGGAUGAUUUCCAAAAUCCUAGAGUACAGGCCCAUGCUGCUUCAGCCAUGCUCAACUUCAGUGAGAACUGCACUCCGGAAAUUUUAACACCUUACCUUGAUGGAAUAGUUAGCAAAUUGCUUGUGCUUUUACAGAAUGGGAAGCAAAUGGUGCAAGAAGGUGCCUUGACUGCGUUGGCAUCAGUUGCUGACUCAUCUCAGGAGCACUUCCAAAAAUAUUAUGAUGCAGUUAUGCCUUACCUGAAAGCUAUUUUGGUCAAUGCAACUGACAAAUCUAACCGUAUGCUUCGUGCCAAAUCCAUGGAGUGUAUUAGUCUUGUUGGAAUGGCUGUUGGAAAGGAAAAGUUCAGAAAUGAUGCUAAGGAGGUAAUGGAAGUGCUUAUGUCAUUGCAAGGAUCCCAAAUGGAAACAGACGACCCAACAACAAGUUACAUGCUGCAAGCUUGGGCCAGACUCUGCAAGUGUUUGGGACAAGAUUUCCUCCCUUACAUGAGUGUUGUGAUGCCUCCCCUUCUCCAGUCUUCUCAACUGAAGCCAGAUGUAACUAUUACAUCUACAGAUUCAGAUAAUGAUAUCGAUUACUCUGAUGAUGAAAGUAUGGAAACCAUUAUCCUUGGGGAUAAAAGAAUUGUGAUCAAGACUAGUGUCCUGGAGGAAAAGGCAACAGCAUGUAACAUGCUUUGUUGCUAUGCUGAUGAGUUGAAGGAAGGAUUUUUUCCGUGGAUUGAUCAGGUUGCUCCAACUCUAGUUCCUCUUCUUAAAUUUUAUUUCCACGAAGAAGUUAGAAAAGCAGCUGUUUCAGCCAUGCCAGAGUUAUUGUGUUCUGCAAAAUUAGCUGUGGAGAAGGGAAUAGCUCAAGGGCAUGGUGAGACUUAUAUUAAGCAAUUGUCUGAUUAUAUUAUUCCGGCUCUAGUGGAGGCAUUACACAAGGAACCUGAUAUGGAGAUAUGUGCAAGCAUGCUAGAUGCGUUGAACGAAUGUGUACAGAUCUCUGGUCCUCUUCUAGAUGAAAGUCAGGUUAGAUCUAUUGUGGAUGAGGUCAAACAAGUAAUUACAGCUAGUGCGAGCAGAAAAUGUGAGAGAGCUGAAAGAGCCAAAGCUGAAGACUUUGAUGCUGAGGAGGGAGAGUUAAUUAAAGAGGAAAAUGAACAAGAGGAAGAAGUUUUUGACCAAGUGGGUGAAAUCUUGGGAACUUUGAUCAAAACGUUUAAAGCCUCUUUCUUGCCUUUCUUUGAUGACUUAUCCCCAUAUCUUUCACCUAUGUGGGGAAAAGAUAAGGCAGCCGAAGAAAGAAGAGUUGCAAUUUGUAUUUUUGAUGAUGUUGCGGAACAUUGUCGUGAAGCAGCUUUAAAAUAUUAUGACUCGUAUCUUCCUUUCUUGUUGGAGGCUUGCAAUGAUGAGAACCCAGAUGUGCGACAGGCAGCAGUAUAUGGACUUGGUGUUUGUGCGGAAUUUGGUGGACCUGUAUUUAAGCCACUUGUUGGAGAGGCUUUAUCAAGGUUAAAUGCUGUAAUACGACAUCCUAAUGCUUUGCUACCUGAAAAUGUUAUGGCCAAUGAUAAUGCUGUUUCUGCUUUAGGAAAAAUAUGCCUGUUCCACCGCGACAGUAUUGAUGCAACUCAGGUUGUUCCUGCAUGGUUAAACUGCUUGCCAAUAAAAGGUGAUCUGUUUGAAGCCAAAGUUGUUCAUGAACAACUUUGUUCAAUGGUUGAGAGAUCGGACAAUGAAGUUUUGGGUCCUGACCAUCAUUUCCUUCCUAAGAUCGUUGCAGUAUUUGCUGAGGUUUUAUGUGAUAAGGAUCUAGCCACUGAACAAACCGCAAGCCGGAUGGUGUAUCUACUGAAGCAGCUUCAGCAGACUUUGCCACCAGCAGCAUUGGCCUCAACUUGGUCAUCUUUGCAGCCGCAACAACAGCUUGCUUUGCAGUCCAUCCUCUCCACAUAGUUCAAGUACAUUGGCUUGACAGGCAUCUCUUGCGUGUCGAAGCAUAUUUUAUAUACAAAAUUCUUUUUCCGACAUUUUUGCAUUAAGUUCGAUUCGCAAGGCAGCUAAAGAGGUUGGAUCUGAGAGUGAAGAAGUCAUAAGUGUGAUUGAAAUUAAAUUUAUUUUAUUCUAUUAUAGAGUGUGCAUAGUAUAAGGUAUCUAUUUAUGAUAAGGGUAUUGAGUCUAGAAAAAGAAGCGAGUCGUGAUUUUGGUGUGGUUGGUGAAGUGCAAUGUUCUUGAAGCAGUUUUGGUCUCUUCGUUUCAGUUUUACACAGAUUUCCCGAUUUGGAUUUGUUAUUCUUUCAUUAUAUUGCAAUUUUGAUCAUUAAUAAUAUAAUGGGUUAUCGGUUUUCUCAUA